AUGAAGACAUCGACGCCCCUUACCCUCCUCUUCGGGGCCCUCGCCUCCUGGUCAUCUCUCGCCGCCGCCGCGGUCCCUUCGGGCCCGGCCACGACAUACGCGGCAUGCCAGAAGAAGACUUGCAACAACCCCUUCGACGGGUGCCCCCCAAACACCCUCUUCGUCAGCAAGUCUUCGCGCCACGCAAACUUCACCACCAUCCAGGCCGCCAUCGCCUCCCUUCCCAACAACACCACCCCCUACUUCAUCCUCAUCGCCCCCGGAAACUACACCGAGCAGCUCAACGUCACCCGCUCGGGGCCCUUGACCCUGCUGGGCAUGACCGACGACCCAGCCUCGGGACUCCUGUACUCGGACGUGAACCCUGACACCACCGCCUCCAACGCCAACGAGGUCCAGGUGUGGUGGAACGCCGCCAACCAUAACGUCGCCUUCCCGGAUAACGCCUACACGAGCGUGUUGACCGUCGGUCCCAAUCUUAACGCCACCCUGACCGGCUCCGGCCCCACCGGCUUCCCCGUGCCCGAGGACACUCCCUUCGGCUGCACAGACUUCCGCGCCUACAACAUCGACUUCCGCAACGACGAGUACCCCUUCUCCAACGGGCCCGCUCACGCCGUCGGCGUCAGCAGGGCCAACGCCGGCUUCUACUCGUGCGGCCUCUACAGCUACCAGGACACCCUCUACGUCGGCAAACUGGGUAACGCCUACUUCUACGACAACGUCAUCGCCGGCCAGACCGACUUUCUCUACGGCUUCGGCACCGCCUACAUUCAGAAUUCCACACUCUCUUUGCGCAACUGCGGUGGCGGCAUCACCGCCUGGAAGGGCACAAACACGACCUUUGACAACAAGUACGGCGUCUACAUCUCAGACUCCCAGGCCAUCGCCGCCAACGCCUCCAUCGCUCAGACUAUCCGCGGCGCCUGCCCCCUCGGCCGGCCCUGGAACGCCCAGCACCGCUCCAUCUUCAUGGAGUCCUACUUCGACGCGAGCAUCAAGCCCCAGGGCUACAUCCAAUGGGGCGCCACCGACAACCGCAUCAAUAACUACACCUUCAUGGCCGUCUACGACGACCGCGGCCCGGGAUGGACCCCCGCCCAGAUGGCCGCUAGCAACAUCACAAAGGUCCUCGACGCCGCCGCCGUCAAGACCUACAGGAACCCCGUCGACGUCUUCCAGACCGCUGAGGGCACGUUUGGCUUCGUCUCGUGGAUCGAUCAGAGUGUAUUGAGGACGGCGUGA